UUCUUAGAUAUACAAAUUGUUUCAUUUUGUACUAGAAAUAGGAUUUUAGCUGUGCAACCGGUACCAAGAAACGUCGUCAUGAGGUCAACCCUACUUUACCUGAUGUUAUGCUCGACAAUCUUGGGGCCCAUACAGGGAUCACGGCUUGGGAAACUAGAGGAAGUUGUCAAAAGUCUCAGAAGCCUCGUAUACAGCGAGUUGUCAUCUAUUCGGCAUGAGGUCAAAGAAAUCUCCAAUAGAGUUUAUAUUUUGGAAAACUCAACGGUUACGCACGACCCGAGCAGUCCUAGCAAGGAAAUGGAAAUUACUUCUUACAACCUUGGUGAUGAAACUGGAGAAAGUGGCAAGCAGCUCGUACGUGAUGGAAAUAACGAAGCAAGUGUUGUAAAAGCAGAGGUUCAAAACAUUCGAAAGGCUUACGCAAAUGAUAAACAGGACUUACAUCAACUGAAGCAAGAAUUUAAGGGGCAACUGAGAGAGCUUGAACAAACGAUUACUAGCCAUAUGUAUAAUCUGACUGCAGACGUGCAACAGAAUAUCGAGUACAUUCAUGAAAAUAUAUCGCUGGCAAACGUUGCUUUGUCAGAGUUCAUCAAUGUGUCUAUUUCAAAGGACAAUAUAAAAAUGGAAAUAAAAAGUUUUUGCAAGCUCUAAUGAAGAGCUUGAUUUUAGAUUUAACGAAACAGAAGAAAAAAUGGAAAGCAAUAUAUCUGUAACAUACCGUCGUAAUGAAGAUGAACUUGAAAGAUUCAUGUCACUUGCUGGUCGCAAUGUAAGUGAUAUGAUGCUUUAAGCAGAUAGCAUCUUCAGUAUGAUCCAUACUAAUUUUACGGAAAUGCCGUCUCAAAUCACUAAUUUAUCUUUGGAAUUACAAACAACUCAAAGUGAAAUAAAAGGUGUAGAGAAAAGGCUUUGGGAAACAUUUAAGUCAACUUCAAGCGAUCUGGAAAAGGAAAUUUCUUCGAUGAAAACUUUACAUGAUGGAUACUAUUACACAAGCGAAAACGACAUCCGUCUGGCAAACGUUUCUUCAUAUGGCUCCAACGGCAUCCAGGGGCGGCUAGAGGUCCGUCACAAUAAUAUAUGGGGAACGGUUUGUGAUGACAGCUUUGAGCUUGCUCAAGUAGGCAAACAGGACAUAGAAAACAACGUUAACGUGGUGUGUAGGAUGUUCGGGUUCCAGGAAUGUGACUAUGUGAUAGUGUCGGGAAUGGGUAGGGGCAGUGGGGACAUCUGGAUGGACGAUGUGAAAUGUGGAGGAGGUGAAAGUAGCUUUUUAGUAUGCCCUUACCGUGGGUGGGGGAAUCAUAACUGUGGUCAUGACGAAGACGUAGGGUUCCGUAUGUGGAACUAGUUGGAUGUUAAUAAAAUGUAACGAUCAGAUAUAUAGAAUUAUAUUUUUCAUAAAAUAGUGCUAUUGUUUCCUGGAAUAUGUUAAUAACAUAAAUUUUAAAUUGU